CUGAAAUUUCUGGUACCAAAACCCUCAAUCCGUUGCCCGUUGCCCUUUUAAACUGUUCAAAGACGCGCUUCUGUUUUUCAUCUUUUAACUUGUGCAGUUUGACGGGUUUACUUUAUUCACGAUUUGAGGGUGGAAAAUGGAUAACAAGAUAAAGGUACCACAGAUGUUGAAAGCCAAAAUAAUGCUAUGAUGUAAGCUAUCACGACAUGGAAGUUAUUGACAAAAUUUCAUCCAUUCCUGAUCUGGAGAGUGCUUUGUGCAGUGUGUUUAGGAUCGACCUUCCUGAACCACAAAGAGAAGUUCUGCUGGAACUUUAUGUUCACACUGUACUUUUUUCCAGAAAACACAGCUUGAAAAAAGAGCAAACUUCUGCUCUUCUGUCCAUCAUCAAAUCCAUCCAUGAGGCCAACAUAGAAACUCUUUCUAACAACAUAGAGCAUUGUGUCAAAUACUACAAGGAACUUUUGCUCUGUCACUCAGUCAGGCGGCCUCCUUUCAGUAUCAACCUCUUCAGUUUUGAGCAAGUGGACUGCAUCUUGAAAUACAUCUACAAUAACUAUUUAAUACACUAUAAACUUUACAAGUACAUAUUCACACCCCAGGUAAAGCUUGAUCUGUCACUGACAUACUCUGGAAUAACAGACCAUGGAUCAACUACCGUGGAGGAUUCCUCUAUUGCUGAUGUUGAAAAUACUAUGGAAGGAGAAAUACAAAAAGAAACACAGGAAACAUCCAUCACAGACAACUCUUCCAUUGCAUCGGCUUCCACGUCAGACCUGAAGACACUACAGAGUAAGAGGUCAGACAGCAAAUGAAGCUCAUGUCUGGAAAACUUGAUCAAAGCAUCAGAGAAAAAGCAUUUCAGUGCAACAUUGGUUUAAAUUCUUCACAACAUGACAAAACCAAAAAAAAAAAAAGGCAAAAAGAAUACUUCCAUGAAAUUAGACAAUUCAAACAUUUGUUUUAUUGUCAAUAAAAUCUUACUGUGCACAUA